AACAUUACAAAUCUCAUAGUACUGGCCAGCCGUCGGUUACGAGCCGUAUCCUACAUGUAUUUGAGAGCAUUAGCAGUCGCUGAUCUUCUAUGUAUGAUUUUCGUGCUGCUGUUUGUGACGACCGAGAUCCUCACAAAAAACCGUGUACCGAUUAACCAGUACAAGCUCUACCAAAUCUACCAAUGCCACUUCAUGCUCACACUCAUUAACUGGGCCCUCGGAGCCGGUGUAUACGUGGUGGUGGCGUUAUCACUGGAACGUUACAUAUCCAUUGUGUUCCCGAUGCAUUUUCGUGCAUGGAACUCACCACGAAGAGCGUCGAAGGCCAUCAUAAUUGCCUAUAUUAUUCCUGCUCUGUUAUAUAUACCGUAUGCAAUUACUCGGUAUAAAAGUAUCGAGAAAUGGGAUGAGCAUGUGAACGCUACCAUAUAUAAGAUAGACGACCACGAAGUCUAUAGGACAUUACCGUGGCAGAUCUAUAAGUGGACACGAGAGACUAUUCUACGAUUUCUUCCCAUUAUAUUCUUAUCCGUACUCAAUAUACAAAUCAUGAUUGCAUUUCGAAAACGGCAAAAGAUGUUUCAAAAAUUGACGAAAAGAAAGGAACAAGGAACAGCUCACAAGGAUGACACUUUGAUGUAUAUGUUAGGAGGAACAGUGUUUAUGUCGCUUUUGUGCAACAUACCAGCUGCAAUCAAUCUUUUACUGAUUGAUGAGACGCUCAAACGACGGCUAGAUUAUCAGAUAUUCCGAGCAGUAGCCAAUAUUCUUGAAAUUACCAAUCAUGCUUCGCAAUUUUACGUAUUCUGUGCAUGCUCGACCGACUACAGGACGACAUUUCUCCAAAAGUUCCCAUGCUUCAAGAAAUCCUAUGCAAACCGCUCACGAUUGAGAUCAUUUGCUGCUGGCUCACAUCAAAAAGCUCCAGCAGAGCCAGAAACCGUGGAUGUGCAUCUAGCAUCAGGCGAGGAAAGCUUGAGCGAGGGAAGAGAAUCCGACUCCCUGAUCAAGUAUGGCGCUGUCGCCAAACUCGCAACCGACACCAAUGGUAGUACUUUCUUGUAG